CAGGAAGUUUCAAGUGGUCGGUUUAAUCUAAAAAAAUUGUUUCCAACAAGAUACCAGCCGUCACCGUAAAAUUUCCCUUAUCUAAGAUAGUUUACGCUGGGCUCGAGUUGUAUCGCCAUGGAUAAUCUCGAUUGUCGAUCAGUAUCGUUUCAGCCUCAGUGUCGUGACAGUUCGGGCCCUUGGGAGAUACUGUCCUGACAUUUCCGCAUUUCGUAAACAUUCAUCUCCCAAGCAGUUAUUUUUCUCAAGUCAAAUGUGUAGUUUCAUCCUGUCUUCCAACAUUUCAAGUCAAGGCCAGGGUUGGCCGGUACUUUGAACGUGAAAUAGUGAUUUCAAUCGGUUAUUGGUGAACCGCAUGGCCGAGGUGACGGACACCAGACGUCUGACCCAUCGCACUCUUCACAUAUCGGGUGCUACUGGGUCAGAUGAUGAGUCCAAAACUGACGCAAUGUCCAGCUCUUGGAUGUCAGGAUUUUCUUCGAUAUUCUGUGGUCAAUUAUGGAGGCGGAAGUUAUUUGGUAGUCGGGAUAAGAUGAAAGUACUUGCGGUACCGGAGACAUUGAAAAAUUGCAAGGGACCACAGGAUUUCAACUCAACCUUAUCAAUAACUGCGCCCUCGCAAGUUGUGGAGGUGUUACUGGUAUUUCCACGGGAAGAUCGUCAACUGGAGGCCCUGGGAGCAGUCUCCAGGAAGCUAGGAUGGAGUGUUGAGGUAGUGAAGAGUGGAGAAAAGGCAGCUGAGGUUUUUCAGAGUCGAUCCCACGAUUUGGUGAUCAUCGAUAGAAGAGGGCAUCGGGCCAACGAGGCAGAUUCCAUUUGUCGAGCCAUUAGAGCAACAAAUUGUCAUCACAGCAGUGUAAUUUUAGCAUUAGUUAAAAAGUCCUUCUUCACGGUGGCCGAUAAGGAUGAGAUAGUGACAUUGGACUUGCUGAAUACGGGAUACAGUAGAGCAAUGAUGGAGUGCACACACGAAAUACUUCUGGGAAAUCAAUUGAUCGGGAUUUAUGCGAGUGAAAUACAGCCUAGGAUGCAGCUUGCUGCAGCACAUGCGCUUUAUGUAGCUGUCGACAGAUGCAGGGAUAUGGUACAUGUUACUGACGAUCAGCACAUCGUUAGAUUUGUGAACAAGGCCAGUGAAAGGUUGCUGGGUUACAAAUACGAGGAGAUGUUGGGUCGAAAUCUUUCCGAGAUAAUAACAUGUGAAAAUUUUGCGCUUAUGGACCAGCAGCUCCAACGCGGACGGGAAUUCGAGGGUAACAUGAACUGCAGGAGAAAGUUCAAUGACACUAUCACCAUCAACUGUCGGAUUAUUCCGUUCUGCGCAACGGGAAAAAAGCCCUCGCAUUACGUUUACGUCCACGACACGAUGUACCUCCUGGAGAACAUGGGGGUAGCCAGCAUAACCCUCGGUCCACAUCCACGAGUGAGCCUCCAGUAUCCUCACCGCAGAGGCUCCUUCGACGUCAAAUCCAUCGGGAGCGAUAUCGGAACGCAGAGACGAUCGAGCCUACAAAAAUUGAAUAAUCUACCUCUUGAAGCACCAAUCACGAAAGUAAUGCUAUUACUUACGAAUGCCAUGACAGAAAUAGCCAGCACCAGUCCCGAUUUAGCUAUGCAAAUUGACAAGGCGAUUGAAACCUUGAAGACGACAGAACUGUACAGGCCUUAUCUCAAGGAGGACACCAAGAUUUAUAACGAUCCCGUGGCUUCGGAUCUCGUGGAGGCACUUUUAUCAAAAAAUUGUCACUACAUAAGAGACUCAAGACGAUCGUCAAACGAUUCGACUCGAAGUACCCAAAUGCGAAUAACCCUUCCGGCAGCGACGAGACUCCAGUUGAAAUCUCCCCAAGGUCCGAAGGAAAUCGAGGAACUCCUAGACCGGAGUCUGGACUGGGACUUCGACAUUUUCAGCCUAGAAGUCCUAUCCGAGCGAAAACCCCUGGUCCACCUGGGGAUGAACCUCAUGGGGCGUUACAAUGUCCCGGCGCGUCUCAGCUGCGACGAGCAGACGUUGCAAAAUUGGCUGACGGUGAUUGAAUACAAGUAUCAUCUUAGCAAUAGUUAUCACAAUUCAACGCACGCCGCGGACGUGCUGCAGGCAACAGCCCGAUUUAUGCAGUCCGAUCGACUCCAGAUGAUCCUUGAGCCGAUGGACGAAGUCGCUGCAUUGAUUGCAGCAGCGGCACACGAUAUCGAUCAUCCCGGCAGGUCAAGUCAAUUCUUAUGCAACGCUGAUAACAAGUUGGCAAUAUUAUACAACGAUCUUUCUGUACUUGAGUCUCAUCAUGCAGCACUCACGUUCAAGCUCACACUAGCGGACGACAGUGUCAACAUAUUUAAGAAUUUGGAGAGGGAAACGUACAAACUCAUCAGACAAAAUGUCGUUGACAUGAUCCUAGCGACCGAGAUGACAAAGCACUUUGAGCAUCUAGCUAAAUUCGUGAAUGUUUGUAGUGCACGCGGUGACGAGUAUUACACGGAUGGCCCAGACAUGGCGACCCUCUUGCUUCCGGAAAAUGUCACACUUAUCAAGAUCAUGAUGAUCAAGUGCGCGGAUGUGUCCAAUCCUACUAGACCGUUGAGAUGCUGCGUGGAGUGGGCUAAGAGAAUUGCUGAGGAGUACUUCAAUCAGACUGACGAAGAGAAAAAAAAACGAAUGCCAGUGGUCAUGCCAAUGUUUGACCGCAACACUUGCUCCAUUCCAAAAUCCCAAAUAGGUUUUGUCGAUUACAUAAUCAACGAUAUGAUCGAAGCAUGGGACGCUUUCAUCGAUGUGCCGGAGAUGGUGACCCACAUGCGGCAGAAUUACGAGAUAUGGAAGGAGUAUCAUGAAAAGGGAAUAUCGACUCUGAGUGACAUUGAAAGACUACAAACCUCAGCGGAAUUGAAGAUUCCACGUGUACGCGAUCCACGGUGAUGUUUAUUUAUUGAAUCUACGAUGAAAUUUAUCGGAAAAUUUGUAACGCCUUGCUUGUAAAUUAUUUCUCUGAAUAAAAUGUCUAUUUUAUUCUAACAAUUCAAUUAUUUCGUACCAUCGUCGUCUAGGGGAAAAUUAACACAGCAGCGAAUCCUCGGAAAUGAGCCAUUGUUGAAGAAACCAAUCUAAUUCACUUCAAGUCUCCCAGCGAACGCUUCCGAAAUCAUCGAUUUUCCAUUUAUAACUUUCAAGUAUUAAACUCGAAUCAAUUUUCACCCUCAAUUUCCUGCCGUCGUUGCAAAAACAUCUGUAAGUGGGAAUAUCUCCAGCGCUAGUCCUCCAGUGACUAGGGAAUCGAUAAAAAAAAUCGAUAUCAACAUGCACCGACAAAUAAAAUAUCACCUGAAAGUUGAACCUCUAGAAAAAUCUAAACAAUUAAGGGGAAUAAUAUCAGAACAGCGAAUUGACAAUUGAUCCUUCAAAAUCCAUAUUUAUUGAUAUUCUCUUUUCCCUCGAUCACUAUAAAUCAUUUCUCAAUUACAAAUGGUGUAUGAAGUUACAGUAUUUUAACCAAAAAUGUAUCCAGAUAAAUAGUUAUAGAAUCAGCUAUUAAAUCACCAGAUGCAACUCGUCUGAAUUAUAACCCAGAGGACUAUACAACGACCAUCAAAGCACGCCGCAACGAAUCCUCAUUAAUUACAAUCAUCGAGAUGUUUACAGAAUCGCCACUGGCUAUGAUUACGACUAUUUACUUUUACCUUAUCAUCAGUAAAAUUACUUCACCUCAAGUUACAUUCAACGCUCAAACCGUAGUUACCAAGUUACAGACGAUUUCUGAUAAUUUUCCGUGAGAACUAUGAUCUAAAAAAAAAUCUUAUGUAUGACGAAAUCUAAAUAAUGGCUGUGAGAAUGACAACAGCCGUUUUAUCCAGUACCAGACGUGUUUUUUCACUUCGUAAUGCAACAAUUUCAAUUACAUUGAAAUAUUGGAGAAAAAAAAAUGGUUCUCAGUUAGGGAACCACUGGGUAGCAGUUUAACACCACCUUCAGCCUCAAAACCUCUCACUGUUUUCUGUUCUCCAGAUGUUAUGAUUUUAAUUUUAAUCAUUAGAUCUCCAUUAAUUUUGAGUUUGAGUUGACUUCAUUACAGUAUAAGCGCUCACAAUCUAGCAUUCUUAAGUCCCUAAUAGAGUAAAACCUUAGUAUCUACUAAUGCCGCGAUUUAAAAUCCGAUAUUCAUUAUUUCAAGACAAUUAGGACAUUGUGUUGUUCUGGAUAGAUCUGUAAUUUUCCUCUAUUCUGGUUGACGAUCGUAUUCAAUGGUGUCUGUUUAAUAUCAUGCUAUUGCUACCACAGGAUGAAUUACAGUAAUCCACAUCGAUGAUACCCUAGACAUUUCAUGUUUCCAUCCUCUUUAUUUAGUGAAUAAUCUCAAUUUUCAUUACUGAGACAUGAUUCGACACACCCUAGCAACGUAUCUCGAUUAAUUACCAUUGAAAUGGAAAAUAGUUGUGAUUAAUUUCAAAUCGAGACAGGUGUUUAUCGUGCAACAAUAAAUUACAAUGAAACAUCAAAUAUCUGUAACACGUUAUGUGUGCACGAGUGUAAAUACGUCAAGAGUGUUUCAAUUGCUCCCUCACAAGCCCCAAAUAUAGACAUCUCAAAAGAUAAUGCUGUCCUCUUAAUAUCUCAUGAAUGCUAUCAACAAAUAUUCUGACCAAAGUGUUGUUGCAUAUUCAUAGUGCUGUGAUAUCAUCAAAUGUGUCAUCAAAUGUAUCAACAAAAUAUUGUCUCAACCAGUUAGUCAAGCAUUCUGAUGCUAGUGAUUCAUCCAACUACAUCGGGAUUUGUAUUAUUAAUAGCAUUGCAAAAUAUUUCGUGCUUUUCGAAAAGCUUAAUGCGUGGGAUGAAACUUCCUGAGUGCCACCAGUAGGCGUCGCGAUGCCAAGCGUUUAGAGCUCUAUUUAAAGAACCCCAUCUCAGUGCUCCGGAUUCAGUUGAACCGGUGAAAAGGAAGUACAUUUCAUUGUGGUAUCUUGUGGGGGAUAUCAUCAUCGAGUGAUUUUAAAUGUACGUAACGAUGAGUCCAAUCAACUUAUCAAAAUUCAAUUAAUCCUAUGUCAGUUACCUUACAAACUAGUUAGUCUUAAAUGAGGUACAUCAAUCAUUAUUUGAUAAUUAAUUAAGAUACUCUGGAAACCCUUCUCUCGAUCGUUUGGAGGUUCGUUCUUCCGGUGGAUGUAAAAUGUUAUUUGUGCUGUUAUUGUUUAUUGAUCUUCGCGGUGAGGACACGAACCCGUUAUGUUUUGUGGUGAUUUUUUUUAGAGAUGCCCCUCUUAAAUUGCCAUUUUUCGCCUUCGUCACGGUUUAACUACUCUUCGUUUGACUAGACCACUAGCCAGUCGUAAAUCUCCAGGAAAUUAAUUUCAAAGGAAUUUUACUUUUCCCGAGAGGAGAUGGAAUUAUUCUCGCAGCGUAGCAGUGAAGUGAUUCGCGUCGACAUGAUUUCUACCUGAGUAUUCGAGAAAUAUCUCUGAACCUAAUUGAGACAGCUAAAUUUUCGUGAAAAUCUCAAUUAUGUUUCUCAAUUUAAUCUACGAAAAACAUUGUGCCGAAAAUUUGUCUAUCUGGCUCAGAUUCCAAGAUAUUCAUUGAAAAUUGAUGAGUACUACGUCGACUUACAUCGUAGGCAUCGCGAUGUCAAAUUGUCCAGUUCUAUUUAAAGAAUCAUCUCAGUACUCCAGAUUUAGUUGCACCGGUGCAGAGGAAGUACUUUAAAUUGAAUCAAUUAUCAUCAAAUGAUUUUGAGUGUACGUAGCGAUGAGCCUAAUCAACUUAUCACAAUUUACCGCAUCCUAUGUUAGUUAUCUUACAGAUUAGUUAGUCUUAACUGAGGUACAUCAAUCAUUUUAUAAUGAAGAUACGCUAGAAACCCCAAUUCUCCGAUCAUUUCUAGUUCUUUGUUUCAGUGAAUGUCCACGUUAUUUCUGGUGUUAUUGAUUAUUGAUCUGUGUGAUGAGGAUGCGACCUCGUGACGUUCUUUGAUAAUUUUUUUUCGAGAAUGUGAUUCGGACUUUAGAAUUUUGCAUUUCUCAAUUUUUAGUUGCUCAUUUGGCUCGAUGAGAUGUCCUUCAUGAAUAUCCAAGAAAUUAAUUUCAAAGGAAUUCGCGCACACGGGACGAUAGAAAUAUUUUCGCAGCGACACAGUACAUCGAUUUAAGACGACUUGGCUUUCAGCUGGAUUUUCCAUAAAGAUCUCUGGCCCAAAGCAAAAUAUCGAAAUUUUUGUACUUGUCUCUUUUUUAGAGAAAAUUAAGAGCUACAAAAUAGGUUCUAACAAAAACUUCGCUAUCUGCCGCAGAUUUUGAGAUAUUCAUCGAACAAUAACCAUUAGUCAAAAUUGUCUUAAAAUGUUAUACCGCUUCGCUAGUGGCUUGUAACCUCUUAUUCGAUGUAACCUGAGAUAUUUUUUAUGUUUUCAUUUUUCCUCGUAAUUUCUCACAAUUUUUCAUUCACCCCCAGAAUUCCCAUUAUUGUUUAGAUAUAUCGUAAACAUUAUUAUCAACGCACAUCUAACGAUUCCUAACGUUAACUCUUACUCUCAGUAAUUCGUCACAGCUUUCACGGGAUUAAUAACUACUUAAAAAUUCAAUAUCAGGCACGACAAAGGAAUUGAGAUAAAAAUAAAUCGAUAAUUGGAGCUUAGGGGUAUCAAUUCACGGAGAUAAUUAAUUUAUAUUAAUUUAGCAUUCUUGUUCCCAUCUACCUUGGUCUAUACUAUCCAUACAAAAUAUUUGUCUCAGUAAUCGGAUAGAAAAAUAAUGGCAAAAAGCAAACUGAAUUAUUGAAAAUGUAAUUAUUGAUUAAUCGAUAGAUUGUCUCGCGAGAUGUCAACCAUCUCGAUUUAUCCUUAGUCAAUUGACAAAAAGUAAAAACAAAA